AUGAAUAACGAUAUUGUCAAUAAUGCGCACCAGGGCGCACCCAGUGAUGACCAGUCGGCAACCAAUUGCAUGGUUUGCGUGGGUGGUGCUCCGCAGCCCAGCCAACACGAUCCAGAUGUAAUCCGUGUAGAUGAACAUUAUCCGACAGAGGAAGAAUUCGCGCCGUUCGACCCAAAAGAUAUCGUCAGAAUUCGGAGCAACGCCAAAUUUGAAGAAUUCUACGAUAUCGAUGGUGAACCAAUCGGAGAAGGCAAAUUCGGAAAAGUCUACCAUUGUGUCGAACGCUCUAGCAAACUCGAGCUCGCAGCAAAGUUUAUUAAAAUUCGCAAAGAUGCCGAUCGCGAACAGGUUGAGCACGAGGUGUCAGUUAUGACCAGGAUGCGACAUCCAAGAAUUGCGCAAAUUUACGACGCUUUUUAUUCGACGAGCAACGAUGUGAUUCUCGUGAUGGAGCUGGUGAAAGGCGGCGAGCUGUUCAACCGGGUCGUCGAAGACAAUUUUGUGUUGACCGAAACGGCGGCCGCUGUAAUUAUUUGCCAACUCUGUGAGGCCAUCGACUACAUUCACAAACAGAAUAUUGUGCAUUUGGAUAUUAAGCCCGAAAACAUCAUGUGUGUGACAGAAUCCGGCAACCGGAUCAAACUGAUCGACUUCGGCCUGGCUAGACAUUAUGAUGGCAGCGAAGAUUUGUAUUAUAUGGCUGGAACCCCAGAAUUCUCCGCCCCAGAAGUCAUCAAAUUCGAGCCGCUCGACUUCCGGACAGAUAUGUGGAGUGUUGGGGUCAUCACUUAUAUCCUAUUAUCGGGAUAUUCCCCCUUCCUCGGUGAGACUACUCCACUUACAUAUUGCAAUGUGGAACGCGGCGAAUGGGAAUUCAUCGAAGAAUUUGAUUGUGUUUCCGAAGUUGCAAAGGAUUUCAUUUCCAAACUACUUGUAUACGAUAAGAGUGGCCGUAUGCUCCCUCGGGAUUGUCUGGUGCAUCCAUGGCUAUCUGGUGUCCGAGAAAGAGCCCAAAAAGACCAACUUCUCGAUCAACCAAACGUUGGCGUUGCUAUCCCAACCGACAAAUUACGGCGUUACAACAUCAGGAGACGGUUUCGGAAAGCCACCCUAGCUGUGAUGAGCUAUUGCGAAUUCACGUCCAUCCUCAACGUGCUGCGCAAGAAAAAUUCGACCAAAGGCCUCGAAUACUUCUCAAAGGCUAAAAUUGAUCCGGCAAAGAAGAAAAAGAAGAGCCUCGCUAGUGCUGUGCUUGCUGCGAAGAAUAUUGACGUUAAUCAAGAACCAGCGGUGGUUGUAACGGCUUGCGAACCAUCAACCUCAGAGGUCCAGGAGGAAACGCCCGACGCUCUGAAAGUGGAAAAGAAAAUGCAAAAAACCGAGUCCAGCGACAGCACAAAGGAAAACAACAUCACCAUCCCGAAAAUCAUCGAACCCAUACCAAAGGCUUCCGAAGGUCUACCCCCACAUCCGGAGGGUGGAGUUGUCAAGAAAAAGAAAAUUGUCCGGAAGAAGAAGCCCGUCAGGGAGACCCCGGCCAGGACAUCAGAAUUGGACCUGCUACGGGCUCAAGCGGAUGGCAAUAGUCCAUCAAAGAAGUUGAUUGCUGAUGUGAGACAGUCCACUACCGAUACUGGUACUUCUGGCGACGAAAGUGAUAGGAAGCCGAAGUGUCGUUCUUAUAAGUUGAGCACGGAUGAAGCUACAACUUCCGCUAAAACCGACGGUGAAACAGUGACCACCACCAAUACCCAAAAAUCGGACGGAGCUGGAAUUACCAAUAUCCUGAAGACGAUCGCCAAGAAAGAGAACGGUGAAACCGUAAAGAAGGUUACAAUGAAGACCGAAGAUUCGAAGUCACCUUCUACCUCUCGCGGAUCGUUCGAACCGCCAAAACUACGUGUAAACUCCCUGAUUGCCGAACGAAUGCAAAAGCUACAAAAUGACGCACCGCCGCUAACGUUCAACAUCAGCGGCAAGAAGCUGGAAACACCAAAAACCAGCUCUACAAGUACCGAAAAAACCGCGGAACCUCCCAAGCUUGGCUUCAAGGAAUUGAAGGUGGUUACUGAAAAGAAGAGCACAACCACUACAACAACACAAGUUCGUAGCAAGAUUGAAAAUUCGGAGCGCAAGCUAACCACCCAAACAGCUGAUAAGAAGAUCGAGGAGGUAAUCGGAAAGAAGAGCAGCCAACAACAGGUCAAGGUGAGCCUCGUCACAACCGCUGAGGAACAAUGCCCGGAGACUGGACUUCAGAAGAAGACUUUCCAAAAGAGUGUCGCUAAGAAUGAGAAGCAUGAUAAGGAGGAAGAGAAGAAUAGACGAGAAGAGCACAAUGGUGAUGAGAAGCUGACUGUGAAGACACAGAGGUCGUUGAAGCGAGAAGAAAACGAUCGUUCGAUCUUGCAACGACUCACAAAGGUUGAUGGAGAGACCAAGGAUAACAAAAAAUUGGAAGUGACAAUUGGGCGUUUGAAGAAAGUGGAUGGAAAAGCAACGCAUGAGAUUGAUGGCGGAAAGGCAUCGCUUCAAAACGUAGAGCUCAACAUUACCUCACACGUUCGAAGAAGCAUCAAGGGGAAUGAUGGCAGUCGCGAAGAGAAGACGGACAACGUCUCGAAAUUCGAGUCCAAAAUCAAGGCCGGAAGGACCGACCCUGCACCGGAAAAGACCUCAUUGGCACAGGAGCUGGCGAGGUUGAAGAAAACGAAGGCGGAAGAGCCCUUGAAGAGCGCUUUGAAACGGGAAGAUAGAUACGUUUUGAUGAGGAACGUGGUUCUACUAGGGUCAAAUUUGCCGACCCAACCCCACCAAUCAUGUUCCCAACGACGAGCACAUUCGGUGGAGGACUCCAAAAAGAACAAGUCGGAGACGAACAUCGCGGCCCGCGUCAAGAAUACGGCAAGCACCACGACAAAACAAAAGACGUUGGAUGACUCGGGGAUUAAGAAGAGACAACAUUGGCUGUAUGCAGAAGCCGAAGGCGAUGUCAAACCCAGAGAAGACUUCACCUUCGGCGCCCUCAAGGAUCUUCUGGAGCGACGUGUUUCCGGAGACUUUACCAGCGAUAAGCCGAAGGCCAUGAUCAAGAUUCCAAACGCCAAUUUUGCGAUGAGCAAGUGGAGGAACCUUGAGAAGAAA